CAAACACAAACUCAGUAGUGUUAGUAGACUAGUGGCAGGCAAGGACUGACAGCACAGAGACACAGAGCCCAGGCCUUGGAGAAAGGUCGAGUGGGGAGUCCUAAAUGAUUGUAUGCUGCUGUCUUGAUUAACAACAACCCCUCAAAACCGUGUUUGAUGUUUGAAGAGAGUCAACACACUCACUGACAAAGAAAAAAAAAAUGUCUAAUCAUAAUCUGACCAAAGCCGGCAUCACGAAGGACACUAAAAUGAGGAUACGAGCUUUUCCUAUGACCAUGGAUGAGAGGUAUGUGAACAACAUCUGGGAACUGUUGAAGAAUGCCAUCCAGGAGAUCCAGAGGAAGAACAACAGUGGCCUAAGCUUUGAGGAGCUGUACAGAAACGCCUACACCAUGGUUCUGCACAAGCAUGGCGAGAAGCUCUACACAGGCCUGCGCGAGGUCGUCACAGAGCACCUGAUCAAUAAAGUCCGAGAAGACGUCCUCAACUCCUUAAACAACAAUUUCCUGCAGACGCUAAACCAGGCGUGGAACGAUCAUCAGACAGCCAUGGUCAUGAUACGAGACAUUUUAAUGUACAUGGACCGUGUGUAUGUGCAGCAGAAUAACGUAGAGAAUGUCUAUAACUUGGGCCUGAUCAUCUUCCGAGACCAAGUCGUUCGGUACGGCUGCAUCAGAGACCAUCUCCGCCAGACACUGCUGGACAUGAUCGCCAGGGAACGGAAGGGCGAGGUGGUAGACAGAGGAGCAAUUAGAAAUGCGUGCCAGAUGCUUAUGAUAUUAGGCUUGGAGGGACGGUCAGUAUAUGAGGAAGACUUUGAAGCUCCUUUCUUAGAAAUGUCUGCUGAGUUCUUCCAGAUGGAAAGUCAGAAGUUCCUGGCAGAAAACAGCGCCAGUGUGUACAUAAAGAAAGUAGAAGCACGGAUAAACGAAGAGAUUGAGCGAGUGAUGCACUGUCUGGAUAAGUCAACAGAGGAGCCAAUCGUCAAGGUAGUAGAGCGGGAGCUCAUUUCCAAGCACAUGAAGACCAUUGUGGAGAUGGAGAACUCCGGCCUGGUCCACAUGCUUAAAAACGGAAAGACGGAGGAUCUGGCGUGUAUGUAUAAGCUAUUCAGCAGGGUGCCAAACGGGCUGAAAACCAUGUGUGAAUGUAUGAGUCUAUAUCUGAGAGAACAGGGGAAAGCGCUGGUGUCCGAGGAGGGAGAGGGCAAGAACCCUGUUGACUACAUCCAGGGCCUGCUGGACUUGAAGAUGCGCUUUGACCGCUUCCUGCAGGAAUCUUUCAGUAUCGACCGGCUCUUUAAACAGACCAUCGCUGGAGACUUUGAGUACUUUCUGAACCUCAACUCCCGAUCACCCGAGUACCUCUCACUCUUCAUUGAUGACAAGCUGAAGAAAGGAGUCAAAGGACUGACUGAGCAAGAGGUCGAGUCCAUCCUGGAUAAGGCUAUGGUGCUCUUCCGAUUCAUGCAGGAGAAAGACGUUUUUGAGCGUUACUACAAGCAACACCUGGCCAGGAGGCUUCUCACCAAUAAGAGCGUCUCUGACGACUCUGAGAAAAAUAUGAUCUCCAAACUUAAGACAGAGUGUGGUUGUCAAUUCACCUCGAAACUGGAAGGCAUGUUCAGGGACAUGAGCAUAUCUAACACCACCAUGGACGAGUUCCGGCAGCACCUGCAGACCACUGGGUUAUCUUUAGGUGGAGUUGAUCUCACAGUCAGAGUCCUGACUACAGGUUACUGGCCUACACAGUCCGCUACGCCCAAAUGUAACAUCCCUCACUCCCCACGGCACGCCUUUGAGGUCUUUAGAAGGUUUUACUUGGCCAAGCACAGUGGCCGGCAGCUCACAUUGCAACACCACAUGGGCUCAGCAGACCUCAAUGCCACCUUCUAUGGGCCUGUAAAAAAGGAGGAUGGGUCAGAGUUGGGCGUAGGAGGUGCACAGGUAACAGGUUCCAACACAAGGAAGCACAUACUGCAGGUAUCCACCUUCCAGAUGACUAUCCUCAUGCUCUUCAACAACAGAGAAAAAUGCACUUUUGAGGAGAUCCAGCAGGAGACCGAUAUCCCGGAGCGGGAGCUGGUACGAGCGUUGCAGUCUCUGGCAUGUGGAAAGCCCACGCAGCGAGUGCUUACCAAGGAGCCGAAGAGCAAAGAGAUUGAGAACGGCCACGUGUUUACAGUCAACGACCAGUUUACCUCCAAACUGCACAGAGUCAAAAUCCAGACAGUUGCUGCUAAACAGGGGGAGUCAGACCCAGAGAGGAAGGAGACAAGACAGAAAGUGGACGACGACCGGAAACACGAAAUCGAGGCAGCCAUAGUUCGCAUCAUGAAAUCUAGAAAGAAGAUGCAGCACAACGUACUCGUAACAGAGGUGACUGAGCAGUUAAGGGUGCGGUUCCUCCCCAGCCCAGUGGUGAUUAAAAAGAGAAUUGAAGGACUUAUAGAAAGAGAAUAUUUGGCACGAACACCAGAGGAUCGCAAAGUGUACACUUACGUGGCAUAGACAUGGACACCGUGUGCGUGAGGGGAAAAUACUGUUCACAUGGACUGGGAAAUUCAUUUUAACAAAUGAAUUUUGGAAGUUGACCUUUUCCUCCUGAACAAAAGCAACAUAAACACAAAGGAUCAGAAAUUAACAGCAAACAGAAUAAAAUCCAUUAUGAGUGUUGUAGAUGUUUUGAUUAGGACACCAUUUGCACUCCUGUACGGAUCUCCGCUACGGAGGGAUCCGGUUUCAAGCUCUUCACUGGUUUAUCUGUGUACAAACUAUCGUUCAAAGGAAAAGAAAAAGAAUCCCUCGGGAAAAUGUGAAUGCACCACACUUUUUUUUUUUGUUAUUGUUAAAAAAAAAAGAAAAUUAAUUGCUAAAAACAACAAAAAACAAACAGCAAAAAUGUGGGUUGCUGAAAAAAAAAACAAUAAAAAGGUUAAUAUUGAAACACUUAGUGCGUUCUUGAGGUUUCAGUCAGAACUCUGUGGUAUCUAGAUGCUGGCAUAAUUUCAUCUGCACUUCCAGACACGGCGUAUUAAAAUGAAAUAGCAGCAUGAACUGUACCGAUGUCUGUACCACUGUGUCUUUCUCUCAAUCAUAGACACACAAUUGGGAAUAAUGAGGCUUUCUCCACCAUACGGGAGAAAUGAAAAUUUACUGGUUUAAUUUCAUAGUUUCUGUCUAUUACUGGAGAUGAAAUGCUUGCUUUUU